AUGAAAUACAAUGAACUUUCCCAUUUCAGCCAUCCUCAACAUCAGCUCAAACCAGGCUACACCGAGAUCCCUUUCAAGUGUGAUGGAUGCAAGGAAGUUGGUAUAGGUUCCAACUACAAAUGCACAACAUGCAACUACGACUUGCAUGUGCACUGUGCCCUCCCAUCCCCUUCCAUCACCCACCCUUUCUACACUAAGUGUUCGUUCCAGUUCCUGAUCCGUCCACCGGGUCCUAUAGCUAGAUACUGCAAUGCAUGUGAGAAAGCAGUGUCAGGGUUUGUUUACCACUGUAAGUUGUGCGGGUUCGACCUCCAUCCAUGUUGUGCCAAGCUUCCAACUAUGUUGGAUGAUGGGGAGGUGAAACUCUACCUUUAUAGAAAGGUAGGGUCUGCCUGCCACAAAUGUGGCAGGAAAGGACGAAGUUGGAGUUAUAGGUCAACGUGCAAGAAGUACAACUUGCACGUGGCGUGUGUAAAAGAGAUGUUGGUGGAGAGUUGGCAUGAGAUAUAUUUUGGUAGGGGUGGGGUGAAGGGUAAUAGUGGUGAUUUGUAUGGACAAAAUGGGAAAUUUGAGACAAGAAUUCCAAGUUUGAAGGGUACAUUAGAAAGUUAUCAUCAGAAUCACCAAAGCAAAGGGAAAGUGAAGAAGUGUUGUGAAAUGGCUGGUUUGGCUAUGCAAUUUGUGAUAUCAGCGGUACUCGGUGAUCCCACCACUCUAAUUGCUGGCGUUGUUGGUUCUUUAAUGUCCAAAUAA